AAUGCACGUUUCCUGUUUCUAUCAGAAUUGCGAAGCACGAAACCCCACUUUGGAGGACAAACAGUUGGAAUUGGAGUGGUAUUAUCAUUAUUUUUAUUAUUGUUCUUCUUGCCUUCUGAUCUGUCUGUGCUUUAUUUUCUUGGGAUAUCUGAAAAUGGGAGACGGUUCGAAAGUGUGCUUCAAUGCAAAAUGCGGCGCCGCCAUGUCGGCGAGAUGGAGAAGUGGAUGGCUGCUUCGCUCAGGGAAGAUUGCAGAGCUCUGUGAGCGUUGCGGUAUCCAAAACAAUGGCUUAUCCCUAGGCCAGCAGACACCAACCCAACCUGAAACCAGGAGACUGCAUACAGAAGAAUCCCCUGUUUAAAGAGCAAUGAGGGAAAUUCUGAAAACCAUAUUAAUGAUCUCGUAGUUUCCCUUAAUAAGAGUCUCAAAGGAGGAAUUAAAAUAUUAGAUGGUGGUAUCAAGAUGCAUUAUAUUAUGUUGGACUGAAAAUAUAAAAUCUUUAAUCCCUUGUUUUUGUGCUUGGAAUUUUCAAAUUUUGGCUAUGGCAUUUGUAAUUUCGUUCUUGUUCACCUAAUUUCAUUUUAAUUCUCCUAUUCUGACUGCA